AUGGCGACGUUUACGGAGGACUUCCUCCAGGGCCAGCCACACCUAAGAAGAUUUCCGGAGUACAUGCCGGGGCUUACGCGCCUAAGCAAACUCAUUAUCCGGAUAUCAUUGCUGGUCGACGACUUCUUCCACCGCGCAUCCGUGACCCUGGCUAGGCCACUCAGUGGAUGUGUCAGUAAUUGUGAAGAUGGCGAGAGCUCCGCGCCAGUUCGGCGAGAAUUUGACACUUUGUCUCGCACCGAGCGCGCUCGUUUGCAGCGGGCAAUCGUGAAACUCGAAACAUACAUCGAAAUGUUUUCCUUCCCAACCCUACGCCGUUAUGAGCAGUGCAAACAAUUUCUCCAGAACUUGGACCCUUGGGAGGUUGAGGAGAUGAGCUGCGUUUAUCACCACUUUGUUCAAAAGCUGGGUAAAAAAGUCUGCGAAGAGCAAAACAAACUGGCUGACAGAGUUUUGAGCCAUCCUUUGACAGGAGUCGACAUCGACGAUGAAGUGCUGGUGGCAACUGAGUGCGGAGACGGAUUCUCCAUUCGAAGCGUGAACUCCCAGAAGAACGAGAUGGCCACCUUCGAGCCUGGUAAAGAUCACAGCUUGUUUUUCUUUUCCAGGGAUUACAACAGCAGCAAGCUCGCCCAUUUCGAUGGCAUAAUAUCGCGGAGCAUGGGCAACCUUUGGGAUCUCUGCGUCAAGCUUGAGCAAGGCGGCGAGUCGUGCCGUUUUCGGAGAAGAACAGGAAGCAUAUUUGCAAGCCUUCCGGAGACCAUAGACCGCUUGGCGUCCCCACUGGUUGAUACCGUGCGACCAAAGCUUUCCGACUUCACGGAUCAUCCGUCACAGCCGAACAUGGGCUACUACGCCUUCAAGCGCUCCGCGAAUGAGAGUUAUCUUGGCGUCUACAGAUCGGAUUCUUGGGCUAUCCGCGCAAUGGGGUACGUCUUUUGGGAUCUGGACAGGUUGCGCCAGCCGGUAGUUUGGGCCAAGCUGAGAGAGGCUAGUAAGAUGACUGGAGAUCACGCCAGGGCGGCGUACGACCCGUCGUUGCAUACAAGCGCGGAGGAGAAGCUGCGGGGCAUUCGAGUCUCGGUACGGCUGAUGGAAGAACUCAGUGUGGAGGAGUAUCGAGACCGCCGCCCUUCAUCUUACAACCGGAUCCCCCUCGUAUGA